UCGGGCUGAGCCGGGUCGCAGGCCGGUGAUCGCGGGUCGCGGGUUCAGCUCUCGCAAGGCCCGUUGUCAGUUUAUUCUCAGGACAUCCGAGAAUCGUCUAGACAAGUACUUGUAUAGGGAGGUUUCACGGCAGUCGGGUCACGACCCAUGACCCGUUCUGUUGCUACGCUGCGCCAAAUGCAUUACACGCGAUGAACGGCAGAAAAAAUAUGAUACAAAGACCUGAGACACUUUUCUAGAAGAAUAUCUGCUUGGUCCUUGCAGCCAUUGUAAAGAAUUUUCUUGUGCAUCUGCACCAUUAAAGAAGAGGAAAAUUAUAUGCUUUGCUCCUCAAGUAAUGAAGAUCAGUAACAUAUUGCCAUAAAGGAUGCAGCUGCUCAUGAAGAUGUUAAAGUAUCAGUUCUACAAACAAUGUGCGAGAACAGAAUUUAAAACACGAAACUUCACUCGCAUGGCCUUUGCAAAACAUCAGAGGCGUGUUGUCAUUACUGGAAUUGGUUUGGUGUCUCCACUUGGAGUUGGCACACAACUCACGUGGAACCGAAUCUUGAAAGGAGAGAGUGGUGUUAUAUUUUUAGAUGCACCAAAGUACAGAGACUUGCCUUGUAAAGUGGCUGCUUGUGUACCACAUGGUGAUGGAGAGGGAGAGUUCAAUGAAGAAAAGUUUGUUUCAAAAUCCGAGAAAAGGUCCAUGUCGGAUGCUACAAUAAUGGCAAUAGCAGCAACUGAACUUGCACUCAAAGAUUCCAACUGGAGCCCACAAUCUGAAAAAGAGCAAGUAACCACGGGUGUAGCUAUUGGUAUGAGUAUGGCCCCUCUUGAUGAAAUUACUAAAACUGCUGCCCUUUAUGAAGCUCAAGGCUAUAAAAAAAUGAAUCCCUUUUUUGUUCCCAAGAUUCUUCCCAACAUGGCAGCAGGACAGAUCAGUAUUAAAUACGGACUUAAAGGUCCAAAUCAUUCAGUAGCGACUGCAUGCACAACAGGAGCACAUGCAAUUGGGGAUGCUUCAAGAUUUAUCCUCCAUGGAGAUGCAGAGGUGAUGCUGACAGGUGGCACAGAGGCUUGCAUUUGCCCUUUAUCUAUCGCAGGCUUUGCAAAGGCACGUGCCCUCUGUACCACUUGUAACUCUACCCCUAAAUUGGCUUCACGUCCUUUCCACCCUGACAGAAAAGGAUUUGUAAUGGGAGAGGGGGCAUCGGUGCUGCUGCUCGAGGAAUAUGAACAUGCUAUAGCAAGAGGAGCACGGAUCUAUGCAGAAAUACUUGGUUAUGGACUCACCGGAGAUGCCAGUCAUAUAACUGCUCCCAGCACUGGAGGAGAUGGAGCUUUCAGGUGUAUGGCUGCCGCAAUAAAUGAUGCUGGAUUGAUACCGCAGGAUGUUACAUACAUCAAUGCACAUGGCACCAGCACACCACAAGGAGAUGCAGCUGAGAAUCAAGCCAUUAAGAGAUUGUUCAAAGAACAUGCAUAUUCUCUUGCCGUCUCUUCCACUAAAGGAGCCACUGGCCACCUCUUGGGAGCAGCUGGAGCCAUAGAAACAGCAUUUACAGCACUGGCCUGCUUUCAUGGGGUCUUGCCUCCAACUCUGAACCUUGACAGGACAGAACCUGAAUUUGAUUUGAAUUAUGUCCCUAUUAAGGCUCAAGAGUGGAAAACCUCAAAAAGACGCAUUGCACUAACUAAUUCAUUUGGAUUUGGAGGUACAAAUGCAACACUUUGCUUGGGGAGCAUCUAAUUAACAUUUUUACAAUAAAUAAUUGAAAGGCUGUUUCGCUGGGUUGUACAUUUUCAGAAACACAUGCUAUAGGAAAAGCUGGAUGUGGCAGCACAAAAAUGUUGAAAUGGAAAUUACUCAACCAUCAUGAUAAAAGAACAUUGUAAUUUUAUUGAUUGUUAAUGCUUUCCGGCACAGCUAGUUUUCUCAUUGUUAGCAGCAGAAAUAAUUUAUAAAUCAACUGGGCUUAAGUGUUUUCAUUAAAAGUCUGUUUGUUAAACUGCAACGCCAUGGUCUUCACCGAAACAUGGCUCAAUGACAACAUCCCGGACAACGCCAUCGAGCUGGAGGGGCGCACUGUCUUCAGGGCCGACAGAACAGCGGAGGACUCCGGUAAGACCAAGGGCGGCGGACUGUGCAUUUAUGUGAACAACUCAUGGUGUACAGACGUUGUUAGGAUUGGUAGUCACUGCUCUGCUGACCUGGAAUACCUGAUGAUAAAGUGCAGGCCCUUCUAUCUGCCCAGAGAAUUCACAUCGACUGUUAUCACUGCAGUCUAUGUACCCCCGGACGCUAAUGCCAGGCUAGCAAUGGAAGAGCUGCAAUCUGCUAUCAGCAAACAACUAACUACACACCCAGAGGGGGCAUUUAUUGUUGCGGGUGAUUUUAACCACUCCAACCUUAAAACUACUCCCCAGAUUCCACCAGCAUGUCUCCUGCCCAACCAGAGGAAACAAUAUUCUGGACUUAGUAUAUACUAAUAUUACUGAAGCCUACAAAACCCUCCCCCUCCCCCACCUUGGACAGUCUGACCACCUCUCUAUGUUCCUGCUCCCCAAAUACACACCUCUGAUCAGACGUGUGAAACCAACCGUGAGGACAGUGAAGGUUUGGCCUGAAGGGGAUAUCUCUGUUUUACAGGAACAGUUUCAGCAAACAGAUUGGAGUCUGUUUGCCACCCAGGCCACCUUUAACUCCCGUGGACAUCAACUCGUACACCUCAACCGUUUUGGACUAUAUAAAAUUCUGCACUGACAACGUCACUACCCACAAAGAGAUAAAGACCUUCCCUAACCAGAAGCCGUGGAUGAGCAGGGAGGUCAGACUCCUGCUGAAGGCUCGCGAUGCUGUUUUCAGAUCUGGCAACGCUGAGGGAUACAGCUCAUCCAGGGCCAAUCUGAAAAAGGGAAUUAGGAAUGCUAAACUCAAUCACAAACGGCGGAUUGAGGAGCAUUUCCAAAACAACUCCGACCCCAGGCGCGUGUGGCAAGGAAUCAAAUCCAUUGCCGAUUAU